GUUUCUUUGUAUUAUAUAUAUGUUAGAAGGAAAUUUUAUUUUAAAAUAAAUUAUAAUCUAUUUAAGAGGAAUUAAUAAAUAAACUUUUUAUAAUGCCAAUUAAAUAUAAUGUUUUAAUUCAUUAAGAUUAACUAUUGAAAAAUCUCUUAGAUAGCUUCUUUUAGUUUAUUUUCACAAAAAUAGAUUACUAAGUAGGAAAAUGACCAAAAGGAAUUUUAUUGAAAUAUAAAUAUGCGUUUAUACCUUUAGAUUUAACUAAUCUAAAACUUAAAGUUAAGUGGUUAAGUUUUGAAAAAGAGUUCAAAAUUUUAAAAAUAAAAAAUAAAUAUUAAAACUUAAAAAAAAAAACUAUUUUAGUCAUUUUAUUUUUAAAAACUUUUUUUGUGACAAAAAUUUAAAAAUGCUAUUCGAGAAAAUUGCCGUUAACUAUUUACUUGACCAUCGUAACCAUAUAUUAUAUGAAAGGAAUCAUAUUUUCAUAUAUUAAAUGGUCAAACUUUCCAAAAAGUAUUAUGGCUCAACUGGAAAGUUAUGUCCAUGUGUCGCUAAAUGAUUGACACAAUUGCUGAUGACAUAUCCCCUAAAUGGUCCCACCACCCUCUUGAGUCGAUCCUCCUUUCUUCUUCGCCAAGUCUUCAACUUUCCAAAUAAUAUCUCUCUAUAAACUUCACAUUAUCCUCUCGUGUGGUGCUAAUAAUAACUAAACUGUGGUUUUGGGAUUUCCAGAAGCAUGAAGAGUUUCUUACCGUUGACCAUAAAGCAAACCGCUUUACCAGCUCUUGUCCUGUUUCUACUAUUAGCCAUGUCGGAGCUAGCGUCAAGUCAACCCGGACUAGAAGACCCAAAUAAGCCGUACGAUUACAGUCGAACUCUAACCAUGUAUUUGGUAAUUAUGAUAAUCGCAAUGCCCUUCGUGUACUUCUCCCUCUACAUCCGCCACUGCAGGGAGGCAGCCGACGGCAGCGUUAACCAUUUGGUAGGAGAGAGGAGAAUGACGAACGCCACGGCUGCGCAUGGUCUCGACGCGUCGGUGAUCGAGACGUUCCCAACUUUCAUCUACUCCGAAGUGAAGACGCAGAAGAUCGGGAACGGUGCGCUAGAGUGCGCCAUCUGUCUGAACGAGUUUCAGGAUGAUGAAACGCUGCGUUUGCUACCUAAAUGCGAUCACGUGUUCCACCCUCACUGUAUCGGAGCAUGGCUCCAGGGUCACGUGACUUGCCCCGUUUGCCGCACGAAUCUCGCUGACCAGCGGCAGACGACUGAACCUGUCGAACCGGAAGUAAUAACCGAAACGGAUGUCGAGUCCCAACAAACCGUGAUUCAUGAACCGGCAGUGGAGCAAGGUGAGAGUGUUGGGCGUGUCAAAUUCUCAAGGUCACACACGACAGGACAUUCGGUGGUGUUACCUGGAGAAUGUACCGACCGGUUUACGCUAAGGUUACCGGAUGAUUUAAGAAAUAAGCUAAUGGCGAGUGGGAAAAUGACCCGGUCGAAGAGUCUUUUGAAUCUACCAAGGAGUACUGGUAAACCGGUUGACCGGUCACUGGAUCGAUGGGACCAGUGGUUAUUCAUCAAAACACCGCCGUUUAGGUGGCAGAGCCAGGACGAUGGUUCUAUUAGGCGAGGUCGUGGUGAUAGCAUUUAAGCAAAUGCAGUCACCGGUGGACUUUUCUUAGAAACACGUCGUGUUUGUGGAGGAGUACGCCGGUUCCUUCGCCGAGAGCUGAAGUUAAUAAUCAUUGGUUCAAAUUCAACGUACCGAGACAAUUGGUUUAAGUUUAACUAGCGAUUCGGUUUAGUUGGCUAAAUCUUUUAGACAGCAAGUGUUAAAAUAUAAAAUAGAAUUGAUAGAAUAAAAAUGAAUGAAAUGUAGAAAAACAUAAUAAAUCCAUCUCAUUUAUUUUUCAAAAGUUUGUAGAAAUCUACCUUUUCUUUAGAUU